GCGCCACCUGCAGACAGGAAGUCUUCCUGAAAACUGAUGAUGUGAAGAGACGAGCGGCUCUCAUUGGACUGCUGAGCGCUAAACCCCGGCAGGCAGGAAUUUGUUUUUAUUCAUUAUUCAUCGUUUUAAUCAAAGCAUGGCCCUUUUGGAAGUGAGUGGAUCUUCGUCUCAUUCCGGAAUCGGUUCCCAGUCCGGCUCAAAACGGACGCAGAUUGUUGAUCGGCCGAGUCACUACAGCUUUGGGACAAAAUCUCAGGAAUUUGCUGUACCAGUUGGGGUUGAUCCGUCAGCCUUUCUGAAAUCAUGCAGUUCAGAUGAUGGGAUAUCAAUAGACUUGAACCACGGCACUACGACACUGGCUUUUAAGUUCCGCCAUGGCGUCAUUGUAGCCGUCGACUCCAGGGCCUCGGCUGGACGCUAUAUCGCUUCAAAGGAGGCGAAUAAGGUGAUUGAGAUCAACCCUUACCUGCUGGGCACCAUGUCUGGUAGUGCUGCAGACUGUCAGUACUGGGAGAGACUUCUGGCUAAGGAGUGCAGGCUUUACCAGCUCCGUAACAAGCAGAGGAUCUCAGUGUCUGCAGCUUCCAAGCUGCUGGCUAACAUGAUGCUUGGUUAUAGAGGCAUGGGCCUGUCUAUGGGUAGCAUGAUCUGUGGCUGGGACAAGAAGGGUCCUGGUCUGUAUUAUGUAGAUGAUAAUGGAACACGCCUCUCAGGGCAAAUGUUUUCCACGGGCUGUGGGAACAGCUAUGCAUACGGGGUGAUCGACAGUGGCUACCGUGAGGAUAUGACAGUGGAAGAGGCGUAUGAGCUCGGCCGCCGUGGCAUUGCUCACGCCACACACAGAGACGCCUACUCUGGUGGAGUCGUGAACCUCUAUCACAUGAAGGAGGACGGUUGGAUUAAGGUGUGCAAGGAGGACGUAUCAGAUCUAAUCCAUAAGUACAGGAAAGGAAUGUUUUGAGUGCACAUGAGCUUUGAUACACACACAAACCCUGUAUCUGUAUUCAGUAAUGAAAAUAAAGAUGGUUUUCAGACUAAA